CUGGGCCGGGGCGAAGGGCGUUUCGGGGCGGCCGCCGGCCGAGCUGGGAGCGGCGCGUUCAGCGGCAGGAAGCGAGGCCGCCGCGGACCCCGCAGGAUGAACCACAAGAGCAAGAAGCGGAUCCGCGAGGCCAAGCGGAGCGCGCGGCCGGAGCUCAAGGACUCGCUGGACUGGACCCGGCACAACUACUACGAGAGCUUCCCGCUGAGCCCGGCGGCCGUGGCGGACAACGUGGAGCGCGCAGACGCCCUGCAGCUGUCCGUGGAGGAGUUCGUGGAGCGCUACGAGCGGCCGUACAAGCCCGUGGUGUUGCUGAACGCCCAGGAGGGCUGGUCCGCGCAGGAGAAGUGGACGCUGGAGCGCCUGAAGCGGAAGUACCGCAACCAGAAGUUCAAGUGCGGCGAGGACAACGACGGCUACUCGGUGAAGAUGAAGAUGAAGUACUACAUCGAGUACAUGGAGAGCACGCGCGACGACAGCCCGCUCUACAUCUUCGACAGCAGCUACGGGGAGCACCCCAAGAGGAGGAAGCUCCUGGAGGACUACAAAGUGCCCAAGUUCUUCACCGACGACCUCUUCCAGUACGCGGGCGAGAAGCGCAGGCCGCCCUACAGGUGGUUCGUGAUGGGGCCGCCGCGUUCCGGAACAGGGAUCCACAUUGACCCUCUGGGAACCAGCGCCUGGAAUGCUUUGGUUCAGGGCCACAAGCGCUGGUGCCUGUUCCCCACGAGCACUCCCAGGGAGCUCAUCAAGGUGACCCGAGAGGAAGGAGGCAACCAGCAGGAUGAGGCCAUCACCUGGUUCAGCAUCAUCUACCCCCGGACACAGCUUCCGACCUGGCCGCCUGAAUUCAAACCCCUGGAGAUCCUGCAGAGGCCGGGAGAGACUGUCUUUGUGCCAGGAGGCUGGUGGCAUGUUGUCCUCAACCUCGACACCACCAUUGCCAUCACCCAGAAUUUUGCCAGCAGCACCAACUUCCCCGUCGUGUGGCACAAGACGGUAAGAGGGAGACCAAAGUUAUCGAGGAAAUGGUAUAGGAUCCUGAAGCAGGAGCACCCUGAGCUGGCGGUGCUGGCCGACUCGGUUGACCUCCAGGAGUCCACGGGCAUGGCCUCCGACUCCUCCAGCGACUCCUCCAGUUCCUCCAGCUCCAGCUCCUCUGAGUCGGACUCAGAGUGUGAGUCGGGGUCUGAAGGCGACGGCAUGACGCACCGCAGGAAGAAGAGGAGGACGUGCGGCCUGGUGGGCAACGGGGACACCACCUCCCAGGACGACUGCGUGAGCAAGGAGCGCAGCUCCUCCAGGAUUAGGGACACCUGUGGAGGCCGGGCUCACCCCUGAGCGCAGACUCUCCCCGAGGUGGCUGUUGGCGGCCUCCCAGCCGGGUUCUCGCCUCUUCCGCUCCUACCUUCUCCUUUGCCUCCUGGACUCUGGAUCUCCCCUUCUGGCCCACGCUCCUGUCUUCGGUCAGUGCUGUGUUAACUGAGAAUAGAGUUCAAGAAGCUGAAAGCCCGGCCAGCUCCGUGAAGCCCUGCAGCUAACAAGACGUUGGCUAAGAAGGCUCUGUGCGCGCUCGUUCUAAGCUGAGCCAGGGGCUUCCGUGUCUGACUGUGUCUGUCAACUCACUGCUGUUGCUAAGGAAUGGCGCCAGCUGUGCACAAGCAGAUGCAUCGAGUGGUGAGUGGCUGACCUGCGAGGGAACCAGUCGUGUGUGAGGAAGGCCGUGAGCGCGUGCCGCCUGCCUGGAUGUCGCCGGGCGUCCGGAGACGGGGCAGUGCCUGGCCGCGGGCCCGGUGCUCAGCCCCGUCUCGCUCUCCUUCGUCUUUUCCCCGCAGUCAGCAGCUGUGGCGUUGCAGGGAUGUUGUGUGGUGGUUUGGGAGGGCAGGGGAGACGCUGGGAGAGGUAUUCUGCGAGUUCCCACCACAGAGCAGCCAGGUCCUAGGAGGCUGGUUCCGUUCUCUCCCAGCACGCGCUCCGUAGGGAAGGGGACCCCGCGACUGGGCCCGUUUCUCCCUGCAGGCAUUAGUAAGUGGCCCUGGAGCUGUCUCUGCAGGUCACUCUGGUGUGGACAUUGGGGGCUGACCGGCAGGUCCAGCUCUUGCCCUCUUGAGUCACCCGCUUGCCUUAAUCUGUCCGUAGAUUCCGCUGAAUUUAAGAGAAAAUAAGGGGUCGUCCAGGUCACACCCUGUCACGUGCAGUCUGGACUGGAGUGGAAGGAAUGGCUCACAGUGGCCAGCAGCAAGUGGCCAGAGGGGGCGGGGCACGUCGUGUGCUGUUGCCUCUCAAUACCACCUGCAAACAGGUGUGGCCAAGGGAGGAUCAUCGCAGCCAGGUUAUCGCUCCCUGACCCUGGGGCAUGUGGCUGGUCCUGUUAGUUCGGUUUCCGGCACCUGCAGCUGGGCUGUCUGCUCCCUGCCUGUCUCGCCUGCUGAUCGCUGCCUUGGAAGCAGGCCCACAGCAGCUCCCUCUGGCCCCGUGGCCCAGGUGUGCAUGGGUGUGAAUUAAGUCAAGCUCUAAAUGUGGACUGUCUCUCGGUACUGAUACCCGAAUGGGGUCCCUCCUCUGCUUUUCAAAAGCUUUUUCUUUCUGUCCUUAAAAUUUCUUUUCCCCAGCAUUUGACCCUUUUCCCCUCAAUUCCGAACCAAUCAGCUUUUCUCUAAUAUAUUUGUAAGUUUGAAAUAAAAAGCAAAGGCUCUUUGCCACCAGGGGGCGCAGUGGGCCAAGUUGCCAAGGGGCAAAACUUGGACUAGAAAGAUGGGCGGCCCAGUCCUGCUGCUCCAGUGCUCUUGGCUCCCGUCUGAUGAGUGGUAUCCAGGGGCACGGGGCCUGCCCUUGUCACUGCUCCAUCUCCCGAAAGGUCCAUGCAGCUGCUGGGCUGUGCCGCCCCCUCAGUAACCGUGGUCAUGUUUUAUUCGUUGUAGGCGGGCCAGGGAUUCCACAGCCCCCACCUGGCGGCGGGGGUGUGUGUGUGCGGGCAGCCAAGCAGGAGGCAGAAGGAGCAGGUGGGAAAACCAACAGAAAACACGGGAGCGGUGGCCAGGUACCGGCACCGGGCAGGAAGUCGUAUGACCAAGUGUCCACCUGUUCAGUUAGUGCCGUUCCCACCUGGCACGAACCACCCCCUUGGGUGACGUCACAGUAGGAAAGUGAGGGGUGCACAGGUGACAGCCGAGCCUGAAACCAAAGAGCUGGGUCCCAGAACAGACCUGGGGCUGGUGACCACUGCUGAGGAGGAGCGGGGUGGGCCAGACGUGAGCGCGGGACCCAGGUCCCCAGCACUCUGGGAGUGAGGUGUCCCCAUCAGCCCAAGAAUCCAGAGCCGCACACGCAGCUGCCCCAGGCUCGUUCCUGGUGCUGGGCCGGUUAAGGGAGAGCCACUGAAAACGGGCGCUACCACACGUGGCUCUGUUCCUGCAGCUGCCUGCUUAGGCGUUCAGGCAUUGACAGGUGUUGUAGCAGGCGCUGCUCUCGGUUCCAUUUGUUGCACUAAUGAGAGCCCCAUCCUUGGCCUGGAGUUGCAUGGUCGUUGAACAUGCUGUGGUUCACAGGGCCAGCCGGCACGCGUGGUGCUCACGAGAGGGAGGCUCAUCAGAUCAUGAAUCGGCCUUAUCAAUGAGCCCACGGCGUGGCCGACGUGGCCGUAGGAGCAGCUGGUGCACGUGUGGUGCAAACCCACAGGGGCUCCUCGGCCUUGGGUAUGGGACAGAAGGGCUUUGGCAGGGAGCACAAGGGUGCCGUCUGGGAGUAGGCCUACAGGAAGCAGCCGUGGGUUCUAGUUUGUGUAGCAUUUCAGUAAGUACCGUGUUCCGAUGUGUGUGUUGAUGAUGUUGAUGGAUUCGAGGUAGGAUCUGGUUUCUCCCUGCGCACUGCCUCCCCCAGCCCCCCAGCUUUUGUCAGAAGUGUUAUAAUGAUGUGAUGUUGCGAGCUCGGCCCCCCUGCCGGCGGCUCAGGGUGUGUCCUUGUUAGUGGGAGAACUGGAAUCCUGGCGCCCAGUGCCGGCUCUGCUGGGGGACGUAGCCCUGGCCCCCGUCUCCACGGCGACAGGCUGUCCUCUGAGCACCCGUGCCUCUGCCUCCGGCUCACUGUGGGCUUCGCCACCAGUGGGUCUGCCCUGGGGUUGGUAUUUUUAACUUGGAUGAAACUUGUUCAUCAUUUUAAAUAAAGCAACUUGAUUUGGA